AUGAGCGAUGGUAUUCACGCGUUGCCAUUGGUUUUGCACACGUCCAAUCACGUAGAACCGCUCUGUCAGUGGGGAAGAAGCAAAGCAGAGACUCGGACCGAUGGAGUUUUAAGCUUCAUUCUCCGUGCCUCCAAGCUUGAAUACCGUUCCCGCGGUGCUCGCAGUAUAGCACCUGCUUCGCACCCACGUUUCGGACUCCAGACGCAUGUCAAUGUACCCAGGAGGGUCGCUGAAGGAACAUUGCGUGUGACUUGGACUAUUGGCUACCUCAACCACUACCAGCGUCAUGCUGAUAAGAAAGAACACCCGGCACAGUGUGGUCUGGAAGAGGCGCAGGCUGUCGAGCUUGCGAUUGGUUUCGUACGAGAGAUCUCUUCGACUCGUGUCUUCGGCAUCUCUCUCGUAGAACUGCAAGAUUGGCCCACAAGCCGCGCGCGCGCACGGCGAUGUGAUUGGCCACGAAGAUUUGUUAUAUUCGUUUCCGUGAGCGAUCUUCCGGGCCGCUCGCAGACUGUCGAGAGACCCGACCUUGAUUGGGAACUCGCGUACUCCAUUAUAAGCGGCGUUCCCCUCGCCAAUGGAAGGCCUGGACGGAGAUUGAGCGAGGCCGUUGUCGCUUGCCUGCAGUGCACCGAUGUGUUGGCGCACGUUGGUUUCCCCGUCGCGAGCGUUGAGGCGGGUACUUAUCCCGAGGGCCACGGAAAGGCCUGCGCCAUGCCUCGGGGCCUUCGUCCCAUCCGCUUGGAGGAGAUUAUUUGCAGGGCUCUGUUGAGUCUUCGCCCCAUCCCGAUCUUUGGAGGGAGACAUUUGCCGGGGACCCUUCACUCCAUCCCGAUUAUUGGAGGGAGACACUUUUGCGGGAGCGCCUUGAUCCUACAAGCGAUACGACACAACAAUGAGUAUUGGUCGGCCAUGUUGUCUUCGCCCCGUCCCGAUCUUUGGAGGGAGACACUUUUGCGGGGGACCCUUCACCCCAUCCCGAUCGUUGGAGGGAGACACUUUUGCGGGGGCCAGCUUGAUCCUGGGGGCGACACGACGACAUGGUAUCGGUCGGCCACGUUGUCUUCGCCCCGUCCCGAUCGUUGGAGGGAGACACUUUUGCGGGGGACCCUUCACCCCAUCCCGAUCGUUGGAGGGAGACACUUUUGCGGGGGUCUGGCAUGUGGCAUCGCAGGGUCCAGCACGACACCGUGCUUCAAGCCUCUUCAGCAGCGACGGUGUCGAAUUUGUGGCGUCGACAUUGACGAUGACAAAGAGAAGCAAACGAGACACGAUGAUUAUCAGGCAAGCCACAAACGAGUAGACAAGGCGGCAUACCAGAUGCAAAUACCUGUAAAACAAGCUGCGAUGAUAGCAGCGACGUCGAACGGUGGCAAGGGCGACGACAAGGGCGACGACAAGGGCGACGACAAGGGCGACGACAAGGGCGACGACAAGGGCGACGACAAAGAGACAGUGGAGGAAGUAAGACAAUGCAGGCGAUGCAGGAGGCAUAGGGGAGCGGAGGCGCACCUGAUGGUGAUGGUUGGAGGUCAAAGCGUCGAACUGCCUCGCCGCGACGCGUCGGUCACGUUGUGCGUCGCGUAG